AGAGAAAUGGACAGAGAUCACAGAGAGCAACGAGAUCACGAUAAUCUGAAUGAGAAAGAGUCAGACUGCAAAGUUGGAAUGGAUUUUCGAGGUCUUUCUCAUCAUCAUGAACACGCAUCAGAUGCUGAUUUAGAGAGAGAUACGGACAUCGAUCCAAGUGAUCGUGUUGACAUGCAUGACGACAAAUCUGAGAAAUUGGGCAGAAAUUUUCAUAGUAUAGGACAUCAUCCAGCUAUGAGAGACGUAGAUAGGGAUCAGAAUUACGUGGACAACAUGCACGACGACAAGAUGGAUCACAAGAUAGCAAGAGAUUUCCGCAGUUUGAGCCAUCAUCCGGGAAUGGUUCACUUGCAUUCCGGCAUGGAACAUUUGAAUAAUGUCGAUGUCGAAGUAAAAUUAACGAGAGAGGUCCGCGGCUCGCUAGGUUUAGGGCUUUCCCUGGAGCUCUGCGUCGUUUGCGGUGACAGAGCGAGCGGUAGGCAUUACGGGGCGAUCAGUUGCGAAGGUUGCAAGGGUUUCUUCAAGCGCAGCAUUCGUAAACAAUUGGGCUACCAAUGCAGAGGCAGUAAGAACUGCGAAGUUACCAAACACCACAGGAAUCGUUGUCAGUAUUGUAGACUUCAAAAGUGUCUAGCGAUGGGCAUGAGAAGCGACUCUGUCCAACACGAGAGGAAACCUGUGUUGGGCGAGUCAGCAACGGGGAAAGUAGGCAACCGCAGUACCAGGGUGAAACCGGAGCCGCAGCAGCCCGCGCCCGAAGCACCCCCGGUUUGGGAGCAACCCGAGAGCCCGAGCAUGGAGGACCAGAGCAGCGACAGCGAUCUCAGCGAUGCUUUGACCUUGGCGCGCGAGCGGUUGCUCCUUUCUCAUGCGUUGGAUAGCAUAGCUAAACUCAUCGGUGAUACGGUGAACGGUUCAGGUGAACCUGAGGAGGAGUGGACCGGCCAAAUAAUCUCCGACCGGAACACGUCGUUCGAAUUGAGGGUGCCGAGUCCGGCGUCGGCGUACUUGUCCAUUCAUUACAUAUGCGAGAGCGCGGCUAGGUUAUUAUUUUUGUCGGUGCAUUGGGCACGAGGACUUCCAGCGUUCCAAGCUUUACCAUCCGAAGUGCAGACCACUCUAGUGCGAAGUUGCUGGGGACAACUGUUUAUACUAGGCCUCGCGCAGUGCGCGUACACGCUGUCCCUCCCCAGUAUCCUGACGUCGAUUAUCAAUCACUUGCAAGCUAACAUCACGCAGGAGAAUAUUACGGUUAGCAGAGUGAAAUACCUCACGGAGCACAUAUGCAGACUACAGGACUGCGUGAGUUCGCUGCACAAAUUGCAGGUGGAUUCUACCGAGUACGCGUACCUUAAGGCUUUAGCGCUCUUCAGCCCUGACAAUGUCUUGGCGGGCGCCUGGCGUAAGAAGGUUGAGGUCUUGCAAGAGGCGGCGUGGACGGAGCUGCAGCAACGCGUGGGCUCCGAUAGAUUACCUCGCUUCCUACUGAAGUUGGCGCCGCUUCGUUCGAUCAGUCCUCGGGUUCUGGAGGACCUCUUCUUCGCGGGUCUGCUCGGUCGCGUGAGCGUGCCUAACGUCGUACCUUACAUCCUUAGCAUGCAGAGUUACAAAACCGAGUCGGAGAGUCACGCGGGAACGUCCAAGAGGGCCGUUCUCGAGGAGAGCGACCAGCAGGAGGGCAGACGCAAACGCGCGACGGCGCCGCCGGUGGUGGUGACGCAGGUGAUCAGGCGGGACUACGAUCAGGCACCGGAACCGGCGACCAGGAGAAGAAUUAUGGAGCACGCGUUGAGUAGCCGGCUAUCGCCGAAAGUCACGCCGAUCACGGACGAUUACGAGAUUAGCAAUCACGUGCUGGGCCUUGGUAUCAACGGGAAGGUUGUGCAGUGUUACAACAAGAUCACGAGGCAGAAAUACGCGCUGAAGGUGUUGCAUGACUGCGUAAAGGCGCGAAGAGAAGUCGAGCUUCACUGGAGAGCAUCUAAUUGUAGGCACAUAGUCCAAGUCAAGGAUGUAUAUGAAAAUUCCUAUGGUGGAAAUAAAUGUUUACUAGUAGUUAUGGAAUGCAUGGAAGGUGGAGAACUAUUUCAAAGGAUACAAGAUAGACAAGAUGGUGCCUUUACCGAAAGAGAAGCCGCGCAAGUAAUGUACGAGAUUUGUGUCGCGGUGAAGCAUCUGCACGACAUGAACAUCACUCACAGGGAUCUAAAGCCUGAAAAUCUUUUAUAUUCUAAACCCGAUAACACUGGAAUCCUGAAGCUUACCGAUUUUGGCUUUGCCAAAGAGACACUUUCGAAAGACACGUUACAGACGCCGUGUUAUACACCUUACUAUGUCGCUCCGGAAGUUUUGGGACCGGAAAAAUAUGACAAGAGCUGUGAUAUUUGGUCUCUGGGAGUGAUCAUGUACAUAUUAUUGUGCGGCUUUCCACCGUUCUACAGUAACCAUGGACUAGCAAUUUCGCCAGGAAUGAAAAAGAGGAUCCGGUUAGGGCAAUACGACUUCCCGAGUCCGGAAUGGGCGAAUGUGAGUCAGGAGGCAAAGAGUCUUAUUAAAGGCAUGCUGUGCAUAGAUCCAGCGGAGAGGUUACAGAUCGAUCAAGUGAUGCGUAACAAUUGGAUCGCUAAAUACACAGAAGUACCUGCGACUCCUCUACACACCGGACGCGUUUUACGCGAGGGGGAGGAAAUGUGGCCGGAGGUGCAGGAGGAAAUGACGCGAUCGCUCGCGACGAUGCGCGUUGAUUACGAUACAGCGUGCCUGAAGCAACUCGAUCACACGAACAACGCACUGCUGAACAAACGGAGACGCGCAAAGCAGUCGGCGAACAACGCGACGGUCCCAGGGGCGAUUCCGCCGGCUGCCAGCCCUACGCCCGCCUCCUAGGAAGAGGACACCGUCAGUGUCAGACGGAAAGCCUGGACUGUUUUUCUACGUAGAUGCAUCAGAUACAGCGUGAUCAUGAUAAGGAUCAUUCUCUGACUGUUGCAUUUUAUGAAGCGAGAGAAAUUCCAGAGUAGAGGAUAGGUGUCAGAAGCACCUAGAUGUAUAUUGCAUCAUGUUUUAAGCAGAGUCUACAUUAUCGAGCUGAAUCGCUAGCCGAAGCUCUACUCGGUUUUAGCCACCGGAAAUUCUGGAAGAAAACGGGUCCCUAGGCCUAACGUAAGGGGAAGAGGAAUAUUUUAAUUGCUGGUUCACGAUGUUCGAUGAAGUACGUAAUGUCGCUGCGUAACACUCUUUGAUGCGAUGCAAACUGAGUCGUCAACACGAAAAUGCUCGCGGUUCAGCUUUGUAAUGUGGACUUACUUAUUGUUAUUGUCCGAGUCGAUAAUUCUCGUGAGUGAGACGGAUCUUGUUAGAGCACUAACACUGAAACACACUACAAAGACAAUAUUGUCCCAACGAAUGUUAAUAAGUAAGCGAAGUCCUUUCUUCAUUGCUGUCAGGAAUUUUCUCAGGAGGAAAUCAGCCCGUCUGAGAAUGGGUGCCGCAUUAACUUUCGCAAAGUUGAGCAAUUUACAGAAAAUAUUGUGAAUUUACUUAGUACACGCUUUUUACUAGCUCGAUUUGCGACUUAUCCAAUAAUCGUUAUUCAAUCGUAAUGGCUUUCAGAGGUACUAAUAGUGGAUUGGCCGAUUAGUGAACGAUACUGUAAACGUAUUUUCCAUCGAUCUCUAAACUAAAUAGGUAUUGAUAAAGUAUAUUUAAUCUAAACUAAAAAAUCAAAAAGAGAUUUUUUUAAAAAAAGUACUUGAUCGAGUGAAAAUUGGGGGUAGAUAAUGCUAGAAAGAAUCUAGAAGGAGACCGAAUUCCAGUUAGAGUGAACUCAGGAUAAAAAGGAAAGAAAGAAAUAUUAAAGCAAAUAUUAAUCACGAACGUAUUAUUUUUUUCAUGUUCUCUAUAAUACAGUGACUCAACGUAAUGCGGAGGACACGUUCCGCGAUAUAUGAAUCUGUAUUAAAAUCGCGAAUAUGAGCCUCACUCGAUAUACGAUCCCUCCGCUUCGCAUAUGUUUCUACCAAAAUAUUAGUAUUGCCUCCUUCCAUAUCAACGAUAGGCGAUACAAAAUGAUAGCGUGUGCAUCUUCUCACAUGCGUGUUACUAACUAGAAGCCUUUAUUGUAUACAUAUAUAUUUUCCAACACGAAAGGUAAAUCGUUAAUGAAACUAAACGAAAUAAAACUAAUACGAAAUCUUGUUGCGAUGGAGAAAAUAUUUGUUAUAAAUCCAUUUCUGAUAAUUUUCAAGCUCCAACAGCAGGUUUAUAUCGAGGUCCUACUGUAAUACGAAGCGUAUCGGAUGUACAUAUACAUUACGUACGUAUAUGGAAUUUUAAUAGGACAGUAAUUUUUUCGAAGCUUCGAAAGACUUCGGAGAAACGAACGAGUCUUCGAAGGUACACACGAAUUCCUUUUCGGCAGAGCCGCGUCUUGUAUAUAUGUAUAAUUGCAAUUGUUAACUUUGUCUUCGAUUUUAUUAAUAACUGAUAAUUAUUUCGGUUCGUGAAAAGUUUCUUAUUCUCUAAAUUUGCAUAAUAAAAAUAAAUAAAUCUUUCGAAGCUUCGAUCCUUCGAAACUUCGUAUCUUCAAAGAUUUCUUCGUUCCUUCGAAGCUUAUCGAAUUUCGAUCAAAAUUAACAGGCCUAUAUAAAAAUAUUUAUAAAUUUAGCUUUCACAUGUAGCCUACAAAUCUCUUAUUUUAGUGGCAUAUCAAGAAUUAAUUGUGUUUUGUAUACAUGUACGCGUUGUGUGAGCACUGUCACCAUUUUUACGCGUUACGUUACACGAAUCUGCAUUGUACGACACCGUGUAAUACAGGGAUCUAUUGUAUAUCUAAGAUAGAUGCCGACGAAGUAAAGUUUCGAUCGAGAUUAUGGAUUCGUUCUUCUUAGCUGCAUCUGUUUACGCUUUCUCAAUAUUUAUAUUUCUUCUUUUUCCUUCGAAUACUUAAUUACGUUUCUAAUUUCAGUUGAAGUACGAAAAAUGUAAUAUAACGCAGUUAACGAAAAUAGAUCUUCACACAAA